AUGGAUACAGUCCAUGUCACGGACCCGAACCCUUGCAAAACGUUCAAUGCACGCCUGCUCUCACGGACGUUCGAUCAAAAUCUCGACGAACGAGAUGGUGAUCACAAGCCGGCUCUCACCCUUUUUACGGCCGUGCUUGCAAGCCGGCGAGCUGGGCUUUACAAGCACGGCAACCAGCUAAAAAACUCAGGCGAGCUGGGCUUCGUGCGCGCGAGAUGGCAGCGCCGGGGCGCGGGGCGGCCGCUGACGGUGGACUUCGAGGCGCUGAGCUACAUCAGCGGCCUGGUGGAGGCCUUCCAGGAGUUCGACUCCGACAAAAACGGCCUCGUCACGGGCCCCGAGCUCUGGGGCCUGCUGGUGUCCCUGGGCCUCGACAAGUCCGAGGCCGAGGCCGAGGCCUGCGGCAUGCUGGCAAGCGCCGACGCCGACCGCGACGGCCGGCUGCAGUCCGCGGUCCCCGCGCUCGAGGCCGCUGGCGGCGAGCUGAUGGGCGCGGACGAGCUCGCCAGGGCGCUCGGCGUCAUGGGCACCGCCAGCGUCCAGGACUGCGCGGCGAUCGCCGAGUGCUUGGAUGCCGACGGCGCCAUCACCAUCGAGGAGUUCAAGGUCAUGGCAGACCUGCUCUAG